CGCAGAAGUGAGAAUACAUUCAGAGUCCCCAAAACCCUAACCUUAAACCCUUUGUUCCGAACACCAAAAUGGCCAUGAACACAGUGCUUCGUCGAGCCUCCGCCGCCGCCGCCGCUGCAUUGCCCCUAGCGGCACGUCGCGCGGUGGCCUCAUCCUAUUCCAGAGCCUUCCACAGCGCACUCUCUGUUCGGCUCCUUCUCCACCAAGAGAGAACUCCUGCUGUGCCCUCUUUCCGCUUCGCCAACGCCUUCGCAACGAAGACUAGUGCUGAUGAUAGCAUCGUCCAGGUCCUCCAAACUGAGAUCGAUUGCGCUGUUGAAGACAACGACGCCAACCAGGAAGUUGAAGUCCCAGAUGAUUUUCCUUUUGAGAUUGAGGACAAUCUUGGAGAAAGAACGAUACAACUAAAGAGACAGUACCAAGAUGAAACUAUCAAAGUUCAAGUUGACAUCCCUAAUGUUGCACCUGAAGAAAAUGAGGACGCGGAUGAAGGCGAGAAUGCUGAGAAGAAUGAGAGUGAAUCUAGCAUUCCUUUAGUUGUGAGUGUUUUCAAAGGAAAUGGAGUGUGUCUGGAGUUUGGUGUGACUGCUUUCCCUGAUGAGAUUUCAAUCGAUAGCUUGUCAAUAAAGCAGCCUGAAGAAUCUGAAGACGACCAGCUGUCAUAUGAGGGACCUGAGUUCACUGAUUUGGAUGAAAAUCUGCAAAAGGCUUUUCUCAAGUAUCUUGAAAUCCGGGGGAUCAAACCCAGUACAACCAACUUUUUGCAAGAAUACAUGUUUAGCAAAGACCACAAGGAAUACUUAGUGUGGUUGAAGAACUUGAAGAACUUCAUUGAGAAAUGAUUUUACAAAGGAACUGCUUCUUACUAUUGAAAUCAUGAAAUGUUGAAAAGGCCCUUGUUGUAUAUUUCUGGAUUCAACUAAUAAUUUUAGAACACUUGGUGAACCAUUGUUUAAGCUUCCUAUGUAGUUUAAUAUCACCCUCCAAUUUGUGGCCUGAGUUGCUUCCUAUUUA